CUCUGAAGCAUCAAGUGGAUGACCUGAGUACUAAACCUAAAUCAGCAUCUACGCUUUCAUGUCCAGCUCAGCUUUAUGUGGUCAAAAUAGAUUCAGAAAAGAAUUUUGAAUUUAAAGGGUAUCCUAGAAGAAAAAAGACAACUAAAGGAACACCUGGAAAAAUAUAUUCUUGGAAUGAGCGUCGUUGUUCCAGAACCCCCCUGUAUGGCAGAGACCUGUUGGAAACUUGCUCCUGGAUCAGUGAAAGAAAAAUCUCUCAGCACUUUUCUGCCAGGAUUAACAAGUGGUGCUGGGCUGGCUUUGCAGAUUGCCUUCCCUAUCCCAGUACUGCAGAGGUUCUGAAGGAUCCACUGCAGGAACUCAUUCUGACAGUGAAGCAGCAACAGAUAGCCCUGAAGGAUCUUAUUAUGAGAGAUCUCUGCGUGUUGCCAGCUGUAGCUGUCGCUCCUCCACGUUUGCAUGUGACCCAUCCUCCUCACACAUAUACCCAUGGAAUGAAGCUCUUGAAGUCUAAUCUCAAGGAACAGCUCCUUCCCUACUCCCACUCAGUGCAGCAGACAGCAAGGCCUCGUUUUGUGCAGUUUCCAGAUCCCCGACUGGUGCAGUGGGACUCAGGCAAGAUGGAAGCUCUGGCUGUCUUGCUUCGGAAGCUGAAAGCAAGAGGAGAGCGUGUGCUGAUAUGGACACAGAUGAUUCCAAUGCUUGAUAUCCUGGAGCUUUUCCUGAACCUCCAUCUCCUCACGUACGUACGAGUCGGUGAGAGUGGUGCUCACAGCUGGCAUUAUCUGGAAUCCAUAAAAAACUUCAACCAAGAGGAUCUUCUGUGCUAUCCUUUCUUCCCACACUCCUUCCACAGGUGUCAGUCACAUAGAUGUGAGCACUGUUGUCUUCUAUGACACUGAUUUGGAUCAGCUGGUGGACACAGAGGCUGAGGAAUGGUGUGCUAAAAUUGCAAGAGGCAGAGAUAUCCACACAUACAGGCUUGUAAGUGGUAAUUCUGUCAAAGAGAGGCUGUUGAAAAAAGGUAU